CGAGGUGUCCCCAAUCCCUGCGGCAGCUGCCCUUGAGGCCGCACUGCAGGACUUGCUAACCCCUAGCGUUUGCUAGGCUUUUUUGUCUUUCAGGUGUCCUUGAGCCCAGACUGCAGGACUUGCUGACCCAUACCGCUUGUUAGGCUUUUCUCUCUUUCAGGUGCUCUCGAGGCCAGACCGCAGGAUUGGGGACCCGGAAAUUUUCCGGAGUCUCCAAUCCCUGUGGUAGGUGGCCUCGAGGGCAGCCUGCCGGACUUGGUGACCCGGACAUCUUCCGAGGUGUCUCUCUCUUGCAGGUGCCUUCAAGAGGCAGACUCUGGGAUGGCGGGAAGACGCCUGAGCCUGCUCAGGCCCUUUCGGAAGAAGAAGGAAGGCCCUGGAGCUGCCCCAUUCCAGCACCCGGAGAAGAUGGAGCAGUUGCAUCCCCUGCAGGAAGAUCCAGGACGGGACCGGACACAAGAACACGACCGUGCCCGUGGCCGCUUCCGCAGGGCAGCACAGGCCUUUCUGAAAUUCCUGGGCAUUCGCCAUAGAAAGACCAAGAUCACGCCAGCUGAGGUCACGGCACAGCCUGACCCCAUGCCGAGUGAGCUCAAGGCGCACCCUGAUGUCAGCACCACGUUGAGUGACGGCACAGCAAACUGUGACACCGUGGUGACUGAUGAUGGGACAAACUCCAACACCGCCCUGCCUGAGCUCACCACGGAGGCUGACGGUGCAACGACUGAGGGUAUCGCAGACACCGAGAGCACACCUGUUCAGUGCCUGCCCGAUGCUCUCAGUGUGGACGUUCUUGAUGAGGUAGUCAUCUCUGCUCAAGUAGCCAUGGAGCCAGAGAGAGCCAUGGAGCAGAGACCCCCCAGGGUGCCCAAGGUGGCGUGGAUGAAGGAGGAGGAGGAGGAAAGCCCUGGGCCUGCCCCAGCACAACACCCUGAGGAGGUGGAGCAGUCCCAGCCCCUGCAGGAGGAUCCAGGACAGGACCGGACACAGGAGCAGGACCGUGCCCGUGGCCGCUUCCGCAGGGCAGCACAGAGGUUGCUGGACUCCAGUCCCGUUUGGCAUAGAAAGGCCAGUGCCUCACCAUCUGAGGCCAUAGCACAGCCUGAGCCCAACCUGACCAAGCUCAAGGGCAAGGCUGACAGUCCAACAACUGAGGGCAUCGCCGACACUGAGAGCACACCUGUUCAGUGCCUGCCCGAUGCUCCCAGUGUGGACGUUCUUGAUGAGGGAGUUGUCUCUGCUCAAGUAGCCAUGGAGCCAGCCAGAGACAUGGAGCAGAGACCCCCUAGGGUGCCCAAGGUGGCGUGGAUGAAGGAGGAGGAGGAGGAAAGCCCUGGGCCUGCCCCAGCACAGCACCCUGAGGAGGUGGAGCAGUCCCAGCCCCUGCAGGAGGAUCCAGGACAGGACCGGACACAGGAGCAGGACCGUGCCCGUGGCCGCUUCCGCAGGGCAGCACAGAGGUUGCUGGACUCCAGUCCCGUUUGGCAUAGAAAGGCCAGUGCCUCACCAUCUGAGGCCAUGGCGCAGCCUGAGCCCAACCUGACCAAGCUCAAGGGCAAGGCUGACAGUCCAACAACUGAGGGCAUCGCCGACACUGAGAGUACACCUGUUCAGCGCCUGCCCGAUGCUCCCAGUGUGGACGUUCUUGGGAAGAGAGUUGUCUCUGCUCAAGUGCCAGCUGUGGUGAGGUCCAUCCACUGGUGGCUGACUGCCAACGUGUCUGCUGGGCACGUGCUGGAUAACACCCUUCUAGCACUGACCCAGGCACACCCCGCGGAUGUCGCCAUCAGCCUCCUGCGCUGUGCCCCCUCGUGUGACAGAGCUGCUGCAGUCAUGUGGAGGACCAUCGCCUCGUCGGGAACCACCCUGGAGAAGGUGCUGCCAGUGCUGCUCUCUGUGAUGGAGGACUGGCCAUGGCACAGCACCUGCACCUCCGAUGGGGACAACACAGAUGUCUUUGCCCUGGCUGCAACUCUGGCACUGUGGACGAUUGUCCAGGAGCCCCAGUGUCCAGGGUCAUUGAUGGAGUAUGGCCCCCAUCUCCUCGUGGCUCUGCUCUUCCAAGUUUUCAUCACCACAGAGCAGAUGUCCGAGGAGGUCGACAGCUUCUGGAGGGGAUGCCGGGAGGAACACGACCUUCCCACUGACCCCAACAGAUUUGCAGUGCUGAGCAUGAAGGCCCUGCUCUGCUGCCUGCACUGUGAGGAUGUGGUGUGUUCAGUGGAACACAAUCGUGGCUGGGCGAGGCUCCUCAAUGCUCGCAGCCGCCGCUACGCAGUGGGUCUGCUGGCCAGGGAGAUGCGCCGUGUCUCCAGCCCCUUGUGUUCCCGCAUCACACUCCACCUGCUGGAGCUGCUGAGCAGGGAGGAGCCGUGCUGGGACCUCCCUGCCAUGGCAUUCCUCGUGGAGGUCCUGGACUGCCUGGACAUGCGUGACUGGGGAGGCAGCGUUCUGCAGAGCCUUUCAAGGCACCUCUGGAGCGAGUGCCCAGAGAGGCGUCACCUGGCACUCCGAGGGCUCCUGGUGCUCAGCCAGGAUUCUGGGAUGGCCAAGAGGAUUUGGAGCCUGUCGGAUAGCCUGGUGCAGCUCCUGGGGGAUGCAGACAGUGAUAUGGUUUGGAUGACGCUCUCUGUGCUCGACAAUGUGCUCUGGAGCAGUGUCUGGACACAGCUCCAGAAGAGGGUCCACAGCAAAGACCCUCUAAUAUCCACCGCCACCGGCCUGCAGUUGGCUGAGGCGCUCCGGCCACUCUUUGACCACGACGACAGCAGUGUGCGGGAGGGCUCCAUGGUCAUCUUCACACGUGUGAUGAAACUGAUAGAGAGAGCGGGAAAGAGACCCCUGAAGCCACACGUGUGCCUGAGCCUGCUCCCGCUCUACUUCCACCGGCACGAUGAGAACCCGGUCGUGAAAAAGACCUCUCGGAAAGCACUGCUGGCUGUGACCAGGUUCCUGAAGAGGAGGGAUCUUGGGCGCCUGGUCAACACAGAGGAGCCAUGGUGUUUCGGCGAGUGCCUGCUGGAAAAGGACCAGAGCCGAGUGGUCGAGUACGUGGACCAGGCCCUGCCGUACCUGUGGAGCCCACAGGAGCCCGUGCGAGAAGCGGCCGUCAGGUUCAUGGGGAUGGCCGGGAGGUACCUGAGGGGACAGUACAAAGAGCUGCAGCUCAUCAUCGAGACCCUUCAAGCCACGACAGAUGACAGCAGUCCCACUGUCUCCAAGCUGGCACUUGAAAACAUCAACUUCCUUAGAGCUCUGUGUGGAGAGCUGAUGCAGGCAGCUCUGUCUGUGGGGGCCACCUGA